AUGACUUAUCCCCUUCGCCAGCUAUACUACGACGGCAAGCGUCAAAACGCAACUUCUGGUUCGACAUUCGAGACUGUAGAUCCAGCAACCGCAAAGCCUGUGGGAGAAGUCCAAGCUGCUUCACACGCCGACAUCGAUAAAGCUAUUGCUUCUGCACAAUCAGCCUUUCCAUCAUGGUCAACCACUCCUCCAAUUGAGAGGUCGCGGAUCUUACUAAAGGCUGUUGCUCUUCUCCGAGAACGCAAUGAUGAGAUUGCAAAGGUCGAGACCCACGAUACUGGCAAACCAUUCUCAGAGACCAGUACUGUGGAUGUCGUUACUGGUGCCGAUGUGCUCGAGUACUUUGCUAACAUGGUGGCCUCUGGCGGACUGAAUGGCGAAACCACUCAACUGCGUCCAGACGCAUGGGUCUAUACUACCAAGAACGCUCUGGGUGUCUGCGCAGGUAUCGGUGCUUGGAACUAUCCCAUUCAAAUCGCUCUUUGGAAGUCUGCGCCUUGCCUGGCCGCAGGAAACUGCAUGGUCUACAAGCCUUCAGAGUUUACUCCCCUCCACGCACAAAUUCUGGCUGAGAUUUACACUGAGGCCGGUGUUCCCGCUGGUGUCUUCAACGUCGUCCAAGGAGCUGGAGACGUCGGUGCAUACCUGACCGCCCACCCCAAGAUUGCCAAAGUCAGCUUUACAGGCCAAGUCAGCACUGGCAUGAAGGUCGCCGGUUCUGCUGCCGGCAACAUGAAAUACGUGACCAUGGAGCUCGGAGGCAAGUCACCUCUAAUCAUCCUCCCCGACUGUCCCAUCGAAAAUGCCGUCGAUGGAGCCAUGAUGGCAAACUUUUUCUCCACCGGCCAGGUCUGCACAAACGGCACCCGCGUCUUCGUACCCAGGAAAAUGGUUCCUGCAUUUGAGAAGCGCCUGAUUCAGAAGAUGGAGUACGUCCGUGCCGGCGAUGUCAUGGACAUGAACACCAACUUCGGCCCUUUGGUGAGCAAAGUCCACUACCAAAAAGUGCUCGACUACAUCCGCCAUGGUGUGCAACAAGACAAGGCCAAGCUUCUCUAUGGAGGCCCUGAAAAGCCAACUAUCCCUGGAGCAAGCUCAGAAGGCUUCUGGGUCAAGCCUACGAUCUUCACGGACUGCACUGAUGACAUGCGUAUCGUCAAGGAAGAAAUCUUUGGCCCGGUCAUGUCGAUUCUUGCAUAUGAUACUGUGGAAGAGGUUGUCAAGCGUGCAAACGACACUCCCAUGGGUUUGGCUGCCGGUGUCUUCUCCAACGAUAUUAAUGCCGCCCACAAGAUUAUUGCACAAUUGCAGGCUGGAAUCACGUGGGUCAACACUUGGGGUGAGAGUCCCGCCGAAAUGCCUGUAGGUGGCUGGAAGCUCAGUGGUGUAGGCGUGGAAAACGGUCGCAAGGGCCUCGAAGCCUGGGUCAAGAACAAGAGCACCCUGGUCGAGAUGGGCGGUGUUGUUGGCACUGUCUUUGCCAAGCUCUAA